AUGUUUAAUGAAUGUCUUAUGUUUGAGGUGCACCACGGAGGUCGGUUUAAUAGGAAAAAUGGGGUAGCCUAUGUUGGUGGGGAUGUAACAAAUUACCCUGACCUGUAUGACAAAGAUGAGCUGUCUUUUUUUGAGGUGGAGACUGUAGUUAAGUGCUAUGGGUAUAGUCCCGGUGAUCUAAUUUAUUACAGAAUACCUAACAAAAGUCUAGAUGAAGGGAUACGGCUUCUGUCUUCUGACCAUGAUGUCAUUGAAAUGGUGGGGCACCACAAUGGUCAUGGAGUAGCAGAGUUAUAUGUGGAGAGAUCCAUUUGGAAUGAGGUUCUAAGUGAUGACUCGGACGCCUUAGAAGUAAAUGCUGAUACGGGGUAUGGAGAGGCAGGAGCUUCUGUCGAAGGAGAAGAUGUAGGAGUAGAUCAAGAGUUUGUAGGAGAACCAUCACACGUAGUAGAAGAAGAUUUGGAAGCAGAAGUAGCAGUAGCUUUAGCUGCAGCUGAAGAUGAGUUUGCACAAGGUGUGGGUAAGGGUAAGGGUAAGGGUAAGGGUAAGGGUAAGGGUAAGGGUAAGGGUGUAGUUGAGGGUGAGGAUGAGCCUGUUUCCGAUGUGUCUCGGAGUGAUAUACUGAUCACUCCCGAUAAUACUAGUGGAGAUGAUGAGCCGGAUUCUUCAAAAAGGCCGUGUGUCACCAAGAGGGUGCCAUUUUCAAAAUCUGAUUUUGAGAAGCCGACUCUGCAGAAAGGUAAUACUUUUGAUAGUGUGUAUGAUUUCAGAAAAGCCAUUAAACAGGCCAAUAUAUUGAAGGGGAAGGACUUAGUUUACCAAAAGAAUUCUAAAUCAAAAGUAAUUGCAGUGUGUGGAGAGAAGAAUUGUAAAUAUAGGGUUUAUGGAAGACAGUUGACGGGUGAGGCCACAUUCAUGCUGAUUUCGCUUAGGCCCAAACAUACAUGUGCCCGGAAAUACAAGAAUCAUUUGAUUACUUCCAAGUGGAUUGCUGAGUGGUGCUUGGACAGUUUUAGAGAUCAACCGAACAUGCCUGUAGAAGUCCUGAAGAAGAAGGUGAAGAAGAAAUGGAAUGUUGAAAUCCAUCCUAGUACCCUAUAUAGGGCUAGGAAGAGGGCACAAGAGGUGAUUUAUGGGAAGUUGGGUGAGCAGUACCAUCAUCUAUGGGACUAUUGCGCGACAAUCAGAAGCACAAAUGUAGGGAGUUGUGUUAUUUUGAUGGUUGAGAGACCUAUGCCCAAAAUGCCAUGUAGAUUUCAAAGGAUGUACAUAUCCUUGGCAGCAAUGAAAAAUGGCUUCAAGGAUGGGUGUAGGCCUGUGAUAGGCCUUGAUGCGUGUUUCUUGAAGGGGGUUUACAAGGGACAGUUAAUGGCAGCUAUUGGAAGGGAUGCCAAUAAUAACAUGUAUCCAAUAUCCAUGGCAGCUGUAGAGGCAGAGACCAAGGAUAGCUGGUCAUGGUUUCUUGAGGCACUAUUGGCUGAUCUUGGCCCCAGUGGUGUACGUAGAUGGACUUUUAUUUCAGAUAGACAAAAGGGUCUUGUACCAAGUCUUAUGGAGGGGUGCCCUAAUGCUGAGCAUCGGAUAUGUGUGCGGCACUUGUACGCCAAUUUUCGGAAUGACGGUCACCGGGGGGUAUUACUAAAGGACUUGCUGUGGAGAGUUGCUGCAUCUUACACACAGAAUGAGUUCUAUGCUAUAAUGGAAGAGCUUAAGGGCCUUAAUCUGCCAGCCUAUGAGUACCUUUCGAAGGUUGACCCUGCAACUUGGUGUAAGGGAUGGUUCAAUACAUAUGCAAAGUGUGACCUCUUACAGAACAAUUUGGCCGAGUGCUUCAAUUCUUGGAUCACCAAGUUCAGAGAUAAGACCAUACUGGUAAUGUUGGAAGGCAUUAGGACAAGUUUGAUGAGAAUGUACCAGCGGAAAAGAGAAAUUAUAGCUGCGAUGGAAGGCAAUGUUGGGCCAAAAAUUAAGGAGAAGUUGGAGAUAGAAGAAGAUGAGGCCGGACAUUGUACACCAACAUUUGCUGGUGAUGGUUUAUUUGAGGUCGAGUGCAAGGUUAGAAGGUAUGCUGUGAAUUUACCUGCCAAGACAUGUGGGUGCAGAAAGUGGGAUGUUUCUGGUAUCCCAUGUGUUAAUGCCAUCUCAUCAAUAAGGCAUGGUGGAGGCAACCUUGAGGAUUAUCUGAGCCCAUACUUUGGCAAGGAGAUGUACCUAAAGGCAUACACACCCAUCAUCUACCCUGUACCUAGUGAGGAGCAGUGGGCUAAGACAAAUCAACCCAUCAUUGAACCACCUAAGGCAAGGGCAUCUUCAGGAAGACCUAAAAAACUGAGGAACAGAGAGACUGAUGAGACCUUAAGUCUCUACACAGUUAGAAAGGGUGUUACGAAGAACCAAUGUAGGAUGUGCAAAAAAUAUGGUCACAAUACUAGAACAUGCACUGCGAGGAUGCGACAUGAUGAAAGACAAGAACGUAGACGGAAUUUCUAUAGAAAACAUGCAGCAGAUCUUGACUGCAAUCUUGACAGGUUGGAUGGUUCAUCCAGUGCCCCAUCUGUGGCCCAAUCUACUGCAUCAAUGCCAAGUGCCCCAUCCAGUGCCACAUCCAGCGCCCCAUGUGUUGGUAAUCCUACUCACCCAACAGGAAGUAGGGGUCAAAAGAGGAGAAGAGAAGAUCGUUCAAGCAGUGCGUCUGGACAAGGUCAGGGAAGGGGUGCAAGCAGUGCAUCUACACAAAGUAGAGGUCAAAGGAGCACAAGAGGAAGGGGUGCAAGCAGUCAGGGUGAAGGCAUUGCUACUGCACAAGGUAGGGGGCAAAAGAGCAAUCUCGGGUUGGCCACCAGGACAAGAAUAUCUGGCAAGUUGAGAACUUCUGUUUUACAAACAGGAAUGCACAAGAGCAAAGGAAAACUCCUUGUCGAUCUCACUGGAAACCCUGCUGGACCACCGAAAGUUCCAGGGGGUGGACCAGCAUGCUCAUGGGGUCCUCCCAGAAGUGCAACUGGUAUCACUUUUAGAGUUGCUCCCCCUGAUUUCGACAUGCACAAUUUGGUUGCUGCAUCCACUGUCAUUCCUCAACCAGAAGUACAAGGAGUUGCAAAGAAGAAUGACAAAGGGAAGAAAAAGAUGUGGAGAGUCUGAACAAUAUUUAUUUUGUUAUGUUAAAUUGAUAUGAACAUGGUUUAUUAUUAUGUUGACAUAUGUUAAAGUGUGAUGAUAGUUAUGUUAUGUUAUGUUAUGUUAAAGUUUGAUGAACAAGUUUGCUAGUUAUGUUAUGUUAAAGUGUAAUGAAUAUGGUUUAUUAUCAAUAAUGAAGU